UGUAAUUACAUUCCACCAAGAAUUCCCCUUUCACCCAGAAUCUCAGCCAAGAGGACAGGUAGACAAAAAUGCGAUCUAGGUGUACCAUUCCUCCCUUGGCACGAGCCGCCGUUGCCGAAUUUAUUGGCACCUUCGUCCUCGUUACUAUUGGCAGCGGUAGUGUAGCUCAAUCGCAAUUGACCGACGGUGCAAAGGGCAACUACUUCACCAUCAACUGGGGAUGGGCUAUAGGAUGUUCUUUAGGAAUCCUCGUAUCGGCUAAAGCAUCAGGUGGCCACUUAAAUCCGGCUGUGACAAUGGCUCUUGCAGUGGGCAAAGAUUUCCCGUGGAAAAGACUACCCGUUUAUUGGUGUGCCCAAUACUUGGGGGCUCUGGCCGCGUCCGGGACAGUCCUAGGCGUUUAUUACGAAGCCAUAGCCAUGCACAAGGUGGAUGGUCAAUUCCGCAUAAACGCAAAUGCUUCCGAGCCAGGCUCAGCCGCCAUUUUCGCCAACUAUCCAGCUGCUUAUUCCUCGGUUAUCACUGGCCUUAUCGAAGAGGUUUUUUGUACGACGAUAUUCAUGCUUGUCAUUUGCGUCGUGACCAAUCCGAAACACUUGAAAGUACCAAGUUACUUGCAGCCAAUUUACAUUGGUUUCACCUUGUUGGCAGUUGGCGUAGCUUAUGGAUCUAAUGGAGGCUACGCUUUGAACCCGGCUCGUGAUUUGGCUCCACGAUUGGUUUCUUAUCUUGGUGGAUGGGGAAAACGAGUGUUCAGCUUCCGUGGCUACAAUUGGUUUUGGAUUUUUCUUGUUGGACCCCAUGUCGGAGCCAUUAUUGGUGUCGGUAUUUUCCACUUUCUGAUCUUGGAAGAAGACCAGACUCCGGAAACAGUGAAUGCAAUGGAAAAUUCACAGGCGCCAAUCAUCGAAUAUGAAUACCAAAUGGCCAAUGGUCUGGAAAACCAGCAGAAUUUCAGUAAACUUUUUGAGCAACGAUUCCCUUACCGCAGGGAUGACGGAAAUAUUGGGAGUAACAUCACACAAAUUUAAAAAAAGACGAGUUUGUACCGUAAUCUGCUACUUUUUUCUGGUUGCUUUUUGUAACCGCAAUGUUUUAUGGUAAUUGAUUCGCGUCGAACUCUUCUUGCGAUACUUCAAAUUUUAUUCGAUUUGCAUUUUCCUUUACCGUGCUGAAUCAGCCCUAGAGCAAAAUAUUUCCAUUUUGUUAUUUAUGAAUAUCUAACUGUAAAAUUAAUUGAUUGCUAGUGGAUAUUGCCCUCAUUCCUUCAACCAGUUUUCUUGUCUUAAAAAACUUGACUUGUUUCAAAUAAAAUUAUUUUAUGAUGGAUAA